AUGUCGAUGAGCCCUAAGCAUACGACUCCUUUUUCUGUUUCCGAUAUCCUGAGUCCCCUCGAGGAGAGCUAUAAGAAAUUAAGCAUGGAGAAUAACAACUUGGGGGCACCGCUCACUUCUUACCGGCAGCCGCAGGUCUCCCAGGCGGCGAUGCAGCAGCACCACAUGGGCCACAAUGGGACUGUGUCUGCGGCGUACCACAUGACGGCGGCAGGUGUCUCCCAGCUGUCACACUCGGCCAUGGGGGGCUACUGCAACGGCAACCUGGGCAACAUGGGCGACCUGCCGUCGUACCAGGACGGCAUGAGGGGCAGCGCCAACGGCUGGUACGGAGCCAACCCGGACCCACGCUUCUCCACCAUUUCUCGCUUCAUGGGCUCGUCGUCGGGCAUGAACAUGGGCAGCAUGGGCAGCCUCAGCUCCCUGGCGGACGUGGGCAAAGGCAUGGGCUCCCUGUCCAGCACCCCGCGGAGGAAGAGGCGAGUUCUCUUCUCCCAGGCGCAGGUGUACGAGCUGGAGCGGCGCUUCAAGCAGCAGAAAUACCUGUCUGCGCCGGAGAGGGAGCACCUGGCCAGCAUGAUCCACCUCACCCCGACCCAGGUGAAGAUCUGGUUCCAGAACCACCGCUACAAGAUGAAGAGGCAGGCCAAGGACAAGGUGUCCCAGCAGCAGAUGCAGCAGGACGGGGGGUCGUGCCAGCAGCAGCAGCAGCAGCAGCAGCAGUCCCCACGGAGGGUGGCCGUGCCGGUGCUGGUGAAGGACGGGAAGCCGUGCCAAGGCACCGGCCACACGCCCACCUCCUCCACACAGACCCACCACCAGCAAGGAGGCAACAUGAUCAUGUCCAACAACACGUCCGGCCUCGGGCAGCACCAGGCCGGGCAGGUGGGCAGCACGGGCCACUCUCCGGACCUGGCCCUCCCGCACUCCUCCAGCCCCCCGUCGCUGCAGGGCCAGGUGCCCGGCCUGUCGCACCUCAACUCCCCGGGCUCGGAGUACGGCUCGGCCCUGCAGUGCUCCGCCCUGUUGUACGGCAGGACGUGGUGA